UCUCGUUUCUUCUGUGCAUAUACCUCACUGCCCCUAAAAUUUAAUCGAGGAGAUCUCGUUGUUCUUUAGCUCCGUUUUGCAGCCAUGGCUACUCUAGAUUCCGAUGUGCCGAUGGUGCCCGCCGGUGAAGCUUCCGGUAGCUCCGCCGCGUCUUCCUCUACUAAGAAGCCCAAGCGCUUCGAGAUCAAGAAGUGGAGUGCCGUUGCCCUCUGGGCCUGGGAUAUUGUCGUGGAUAAUUGUGCAAUUUGCAGGAAUCACAUUAUGGAUCUCUGUAUCGAGUGCCAAGCUAACCAAGCCAGCGCCACCAGUGAGGAAUGCACUGUUGCUUGGGGGGUCUGCAACCAUGCAUUUCACUUCCAUUGUAUCAGCCGAUGGCUCAAGACUCGUCAAGUUUGCCCAUUGGAUAACAGUGAGUGGGAGUUCCAAAAGUAUGGGCACUAGAGAGCUUUCAGGCCGAUACUGGUUGAACCCUCUUACCUUUCUGGUAUGGUGAGAGAAGAAUGCAUAUAUUUCAUUAGCUUUUAUGCUGAUUCAAACAGUAGUUGCUUUAAUAUUUCAGAGUAGAAUUUGGUCAUAAUUUUAUUUGCACCGAGUGUAAUAUGCUAUAUUUUAUGAGAAUUAUCCUUUAUUAUUGUGCUGAAACCUUCCUUGUUCUA